AUGAUCUCAUGUACACAUUAUUUCUUGUUUGCCUACUUGCCUCUCUCAUGUACACACGCUUCUGGGAUGGGAUCCCUCGAGCGCAUCUUCGCACGGAACUGGGCGUCUGGCCUCCUUGCGAGGUAUGGGCCAGUGCACCAUAUUUCUGUUGAGGCCGAGGAUUUCGAUUGUUUUUUGCACAUGUUCCUCGUGCACUCCACGUGCGCAAGCGCGCCGCGCGCAGCUCGUGUCAGCCGCCGCAGCUCCGUCGUUGCCGAAGUUGGCAGCGGCUUGGCGCCACCGCUCUGGGAUGGGUUCCUAUCGAGAGGUGCGUUUCACACAUGA